AUGGGUAUGUUGAUAAUCUAUCUUGGACUACACCUGUUCAAGAUAACUAACUGGCUCUAUUAUGAAAUCGAGUUAGGAGAACAAUAAUAUGAUAAAAUCAAGUAGAUGGGAAGAGACAAAGUGGACAAGAGAAGAGAUUACUUAAAAUCUCUUAAUCCGGCUGUCUGUGAUGUAUGUGCCAAGAAGGCGUUUCCAAAAAAGAAGAAGACAACAAAUAAGAGAAAUAGGUCUGAGUCUUUUCUCAGUUAUGUUAGUGAUACUGAAGAUCACCCAGUUGAAAUGAUCUAGCACGAGUAGCAAACUAUAUCAUUGUCUAUGUUAAAGUAGCUCAAAUCAUAAUCAAUUAGAAUAGAAAAAUAAUAAGAUGUUCCUAUGGAUAUAUAGGAAAAUGAUAUGAAGGAGUAUAGAGAAGUGAAAUCUCUAACUAAAUAAUGUAAAGGUCGUAAUAAGAGGAGUAAGACUGAUGCUGGUGAUUUCAUUCAAAAUUUAGAUACUACUGCGGCUGAAACAGAUAUAUAGACUACAUUCACUGCUCAAGUUCCUUCAGACAUUAAGAUGAAUGAUGAUAUAUCUGCUGUUAAGAGUUUAGUGACUUCAAAAUAAAAAAAAAUUAUUCUCUCUAAUGCUCUACAGUUUGUAAACACAUCUUCAGACAGGAUUGUUAUCCUUAUAAUAACGUUCUUGAUAUGCACACAGCUUAUCGAUUUCAUAAACAAAUUACUUAACCGUGUUGAUGCGUUGCUUCAUCAUUAGAUGAUAGGACUGAUUGCUUCUGCUUUCAUUCUUAGAUAAUCGUGCUUGUAUAGUGUUAAGAGUGCACUAACUAUGACAACCCAAGAAAAUAGACAAGCUCUUAUAUUGAAGCUCUCUUUGUAUCUCCCCACUAACUAUAACUCGAAUACUGCUAAGUUGUUAGAAUAAUACUGA